GAAAUAAAGCCGUCAACAAGGGCUACCUUUACUGAAUACAUUUACUUUACCGGUGUAGUUGGAGUAGAAAAUACAUUCAUGAAAAACCAAAUGGGAUAUUAAAUGCAAAUUCGGCAAGUUUUGACAUUUGUGAAAGUUACAGUUUUACAAUUUGCACAGUGUGGGGAUCGUAAAACGUUUUAUGUACAUGAUAAGUUAUCUGGGAGAUAUUUGCUUUUUUUGCGUUAUCUAUGAAGUAAUUUGGGACAUAUAGUAAAACCAUUUAAAGGUGUGUGACAAACUUGUUUAAUCAAAACGAGAUUUGUUUAUAUUUUUAACUCGAUUCAAAUACCUGUGGAGGUCAGGGUAAAGCAGUUAGUCAGAGUGAAAGGAUUUAAAUUUAGGAUUGAGUAAGGGAUUUUAUUUAACACAAAAUGGAUGCAGAAGGCGAAAUACCACCCAUUCAAAAUGGGGAUGCACCAGAAAGUGACCAACCUGAGCAAGAGAUUUUUCCGUCAAAAAGGAGUAUCAGGUUCUGCACUGAGCAGUUAGAUGGGUUGCUGAGCCAGGAUCAGGAAGAGCUGUCUGAACGAGUCGCUCACCUAGAGAAACGUGUGCGUGAACAAGAAAAUGAGAUUGUAUGCCUCAAAGGUGCACUGGCCGAUGUUACCCGGCGUCUUGGACAGAUGGAGACUCUUUCAAAAUCACAAAACAGUAUUUUGCCAUCUAGACCAUUUAAAACACCAGCCCCUAGGAGAACAGAAAGACCAAAAUCACAGGUGAUAGAAAGCUCAAACUUUACACCUCGUUCCAGCGCUCCUAAUUCAGCCAGACAGACACCCAGGGGAGCAUCAGCGAAUACAAUGAAAAAAUGGGGAUCAACAGAAGAUACUCAGAAAACACCUAGACCACAUAGUAGCUCACAACUUACCCAGUCCAAACGUCUUAGUACUUCCCAUGGCAGCUUGCAUAUAAAACCGGCAAAAGGUAUUAAGGAGCCUACAUGGAACAAUGCCGAUGGGUAUCUUCGGAUGCACUUGAAGGGUCGUCCAGUGUGUUUGUUUGCCCCGGAUGAAGGGUAUGAAGAUUAUAAUGUCAAGGCAGAACAAGAUUGUCCUAAUGCAACACUUAAGCUAGAAUGGGUGUAUGGAUACAGGGGGCGAGACUGUAGGUCUAACCUAUACACUGUUGCCACGGGAGAAAUUUGUUACUUUAGUGCUGCUAUUGUUGUUCUACACAACUUUGAGUCAAAUUCUCAAAGAUUCUACGAUCAGCACACUGAUGAUAUCAAAUGUAUUGCUGUUCAUCCUGACCAAGUUACUGUUGCUACAGGACAGGUAGCCGGGCAUGAAAAGAAAGAAGGAAAGCUUGUAUUCCCAGACUGUAAGAAGCCUCAUGUGAGAGUAUGGGAGGUAAUCAAGUUACAGACACUACAUGUGAUCGGGGAAGGCGAGUUCCAGAGAGGUGUUUCCUGUGUAGCUUUCUCUAUAUUUGAUGGUGGGCAUUCACUUCUGGCAGUUGAUGAGGGCAAUGACCAUACUAUGUCCGUCUGGAACCUUCAAGGCAAAGUAAAGAAACUUGCAGAGUGUAAGUCAUCAGGUGACCCAGUCACACAGUGUGAAUUUCAUCCAACUGAAGAGAACAGUAUCGUCUGCUGCGGGAAAUCACAGAUUUCCUUCUGGACUUUCAUCAAGGAAGAAAAAAAGCUGGAUAAAAAGAUGGGAAUAUUUGGGAAAAAUGACAAACCAAAAGUUGUCAUCUGUUUCUGCUACACUCAAGAUGGUGAUGUUGUAUCAGGAGAUUCCAAUGGAAAUAUCUUCCUCUGGGAAAAAGGCGCGAACAAGAUAAGCAAAGCAGAAACUGGUGUACAUGAAGGAGGUGUGUUCAGUUUGUAUACAACUAAAGAUGGUAAUAUCUUAUCUGGUGGUGGAAAGGACAGGAAAAUACUGGAGUGGAGCAAAGAUUUACAGAGAACUGGAAAUAGUUAUGAGGUUCCAGAGGAAUUUGGAGGUGUGCGUAUGAUCAGUAGUGGACCAGGUAGUCUGAUUAUUGUUGGCACGAUCAGAAACUGUAUUCUACAGGCCAGCUCAGAUCUGGUCUUUACACCAAUGGUGGAGGGUCACAAGGAAGAGUUCUGGGGACUGGAUACAUUACCGGACACAUACCAGUUUUUGACAUGCGGCUCUGACAAAUACAUCUAUAUGUGGGAUGCACAAGCCCACACUGCCCUGUGGAGAAAGCAAAUUGCUGAUGAAGCCCAUUGUUGCUGUAUACACCCGAAUAAUAAAGUAGCAGCUAUAGGUACAACAAGUGGCAAGAUAGUCAUCCUUGACCUUGAAAACAGUGAUCAUGAGAUUGUUGCUGUCUACACUGAUGGAAAAGAGCAACAUGAAUGCAUUCAAUACUCUCCAGAUGGAGAAAUGUUGGCAUCUGGUAACCGUGACAACGGUAUUUACAUUUAUAAAGUAGAGGAAGAAGGAAGAAAGUGCCAUAAAAUUGGAAAAUGCUCAGGCCACAGCUCGUUUGUGACACACAUUGACUGGUCUUGUAAUGGGAAAUAUUUGAGGAGUAAUUCUGGAGACUAUGAGGUCCUGUAUUGGACAGCAAAGAACUGCAAACAGGAAACACAGAAGGAUGAUGUAAGGAAUUUAGACUGGGCCACAAACAAUUGUACUCUUUCUUUUGCAUCUGUUGGUGUUUGGCCAGAUGGCGCUGAUGGCACAGAUAUUAACAAUUGUGCUGUAUCACACCAAGAUGAUUCAAAGAGGGAGAGGCUGAUUGUCAGCGCGGAUGAUUUUGGAAAAGUGAACUUGUACAGCUAUCCUAGUAUCCAACCAAGGGCGGUUGGUCACUCGUACGGUGGACACAGCAGUCAUGUGACAAUGGCGAAGUUCCUGUUUGAUAACAGUCGCGUGAUCAGUGCCGGAGGUCGGGAUGCAACUGUCAUGCAGUGGGAAGUUAUCUACUAAAUUGUGUCCAGUUAUUGGCAAGAUGACGAUAGGUUAUCGGUUAAAGUAUGAAAUGGUUAUCGGCUAGAUGUAAUCUUGAUGCAGAAUCAAACAUUGAACUUGUUAGCGCGAAGCACAUUAUUAUAUAAAUAUUGUUCAAUCAAAUAAGAGAAAUCAUUAACUUUUCAAUAUGCACAUGCCUUUCUGUUUUAAGGUUAUCAAGUUGUUAUAUUAAGGAAAGUGUUUAUUUGAUAUGAGAUUCAUGUAAAUGUACUUAUUAUUUAAUAAUCAAUAGACAGCUAAGGACAUAAUUUCCUCUAUUAGUCAAUAAAUAGCACAGCAUAGCAUAUAUACACAUUGUAUGUAAAACUAUCUAACACCCAUAUAAUCUUAGACUAUAAUAAUCAGCUCGACUGUUUUUUCUUGAAUAAGAAAUAUGGAGAAUUUGUUGAAAAUAAUGCAUUUGAACAGUAACAAAUUGCAUUUCAUAUUGAUGUGUAUUUUUAAUGAACAGGCAAUAUUCAUUUCUUUUGUGAUUAUUUCCAAAAUGGUUACACAAACAGAGUGACACAGGGUACCCAUUCUUUUGCUGUUUACUGCUAACAGAAUUUAUAACCAGGUUUUCUAUCUAAUAAUACAUGGGUGCAUUAUGACUAUAAUUUGAUCAUUUUUGGUAGAGUUGUGGCCCUUUGUUGUUGCUGUUUUUUUUAACAAAUGAAAUAUUGGUGAAAAUCUUGUUUUUAUGACAGUUUUCUGACACUUGUUAAUUUUAUCCUACAAGUAAGUGGUAAAAUUGUAUUUAAAGUCAUUUAAAGCAAAAUUAGGUUUAAAGUUGUAUGUGUAUUUAAAUACCUGUUACAUUUGGUGCGCACAAAAUGUGUUUAGAAGACUUCAUUGUACAUAUAAUUAUACUUGUAUGAUAAGUAAUUUUAGUAAAUAAAACAUUAAAAUAUGAUUUUUUUUUAUCAAAACUCCUGCUUUAAAGCUUGUAUUUUUAUUUUGUAUUCUUUUAGUUAUUGGGUAAGGCACUGUAGUAAGUACAUGUAAUUUUUUUUAAAAAUCACUUAGUUUAGAUAAGUAAAAAUAUUUUUGAACAUUUUACUUGAUCAUUUAAGCUUUAUUUGUUUCUGAUUUUUGUUCUGUUUGUAAUCUUUUCAGGCUUUUUUAAUUGCUGAUCAUGUGACAUGUUUUAUUUUGUCUUGUUAGUGGCUUAAAAUUUAUCUAUGAUAAAAGCUGUGACAUAAACAUGUAUACAUGUAUUAUGUACUUAAAAAUGAAAUAUUGAGAAAUAUUGAUGAAAUAUAAUGCAUAUUUUCAUUUUCCAUAUUUUCACUGUCAAAAUUUCUUUUCAUUGUAAAAAUUUAUUUUUCACUGCAGUGAAGCAUAUUUUCCAUAAUGAUAUUUUCACUGGUGUCUUGCCUCCGGAUUUCUUUUUUCUGAAUUCAGCUAAUACAAAAAAAUUAAAAGUGAAUACUUUCUAAUCAUAAGGUUAAAAAAGAGAGAAAGUAUACAAUAAACAGAAAAUUCAAGUUUUUCUAUCAAUAUACGAUUUAUUUUCAUACCACUUUAUGAAAAGUAUUUAUAGGAAAAAAAAUAUUGGUUAUCCUCUUUAUAAUACCUUUAUCCUUAAUUGAAAUACAAAAUAUGUUAAAGGCAGUUGAAGCCAUUUUUUUAUUUAUGUCUGUGUUUAUGACCUCAGUGCUACAUGCUAUAUCUUUAAAUUAUAAUUACCAGUUAUAUAUUGUCACGUUAUUUUUAUGUUUCACAGUUUAAAUUUAUUAAGCAUUUUCAGUUUAUUGCAUGCUUUUGGAACUUUGGAAUAUACAGCUUUAUACUACAGUACAUUUGUAUAUAAAAUUAUAAUGAUUUUUAUCCAAAAAAAUGUUGUUUGUUAAAUUCUGCAUUUUCAGUCUGGGUUUUUUCCUUUGACGCAACAACAGAUUAUUAUAAUUUGUUACUGUUCAAAGUUUUGAGUUAUUUGCAUUGAUUUCUAUGUAUGUUAAAAAAAAAUUAAAACAUAUAUUUUUUGUCUAUGAUGAUGAAAAACAAAGCAUAAUCUAUAUUGACAGCAAAGAAUUAAACACUCUACUUUUUUUUUCUUCUUUUCAAUGACUUUUAUUCAAUUUUUUAAAUGCAGCUAGGGGAGGUAACUAGUGUUGCUUGAUAAAAAAAAUGUAUUGAUUAUUUUCCCUGCAUAUUAUGUUACACGUGCGACUUGUAUAAACGAAGUGUCUAACACCAGGAUUGAUACCCAUAGAAACAUUUUACCAUAAAUAUUUUCUCUAUAGCUUUUUUUUCUUGAUUUAAAUAUAACUACAAGGUAAUUAAGGAAUUUUUAUCAUUAUUUGACCAAAAACACAUGCACAUAUAAAAUCAUAGUUUAUUACAUUAAAAUAUUUUUUUGGGUGUUGUGUAUUUGUAAUAUAUAUUUUUUUCUCCUACUUGCAAUCAAAUAUACAGAUGAUAAAAGAACUAUAUUUUCUCUUAAAUCGUAAUCAUGUUUUAUUAUUUUGUAAUACAUUAUUGUUAUAUGUAUUGUAAGUUUCUCUAGGAAAUAAAUUCUUUAAAAAAGG